AUGGGCGUGCUGGGCGUGGUGGGCGUGGCAUUGGCGGUGGUGGGCGCAGGAGUGGCAGUUGCGGCAGCGGAAGCCGAAGGCGCUGCGGGGCUCGAGUGGGUCGAGGCCGUGGCCCGGUCGGUGGCAGCUCAUCGGUCGCUGUACCCAGAGCUGCCGCAGCCGGUGGUGGCGCGGCGGGCGGUGCGGAUCGGGACGGGCGGCGAGGGCGAGGCCGGCGAGGGCAGCGCGAGCGGGUUGACGGUGACGGUGGACGAGGUGAUGGCAGCGUUGGCGGCCAACUGCUCGACGUCGCGCAACGCAAGUCUAGCAGGCGGCCCGCUGGUGUACGGCGACGACGUGGCGCUGGUGAAGCGAGUGAUCGACAAGGAGAGCGGCGAGCCGUGGUCGGCCAUGGCGCCGGUGGAGGCGUUUGUGGCGGAUCCCAGCGUUGUGCCGCCGGCCGGCGCUCUGCGUGCUGCGGUCGAUGCCGGCUUCUCGCUUGUCUUUAACCGCAUCCACAAGUUAGCUGCGCGGUACGGGCCGGUGUGUGAGCUGGGUGUGAGCGGGGCGGGCGGCGGGCGGCCGCGCGUGGCGCUGGCCGAGACUGCGGCGCGGAUCGCGGCCACGCUGCGCGACGGGAGCUACGACGGCGGGGCGUAUGAGGGCGCCAACCUGUACUGGAGCCCUGCAGGCUCGCCGGGCUUUGAGACUCACUUUGACGUCAUGGACGUGCUGGUGGUCCACAUUGCCGGCGCCAAGACGUGGCGGGUGUACCAGCCGCAGGUGGCGCUGCCGCUGCCGGGCGACAAGGCGCGGCCUGCGUUUGAGAGUCUGGAGGUUAUCGGGAGCUUUACGCUUGCGCCUGGGGAUGUGCUCUUCCUCCCGCGCGGCUUUCCGCACGACGCCGAGGCGACUGCUGACGGGCCGUCGGUCCACAUCACCUUUGGCUUUGAUGUGUACAACCACACAUGGGCGGCGCUGGCGGCGCCGUGCGUGGCGCCGGCGGCGGCCAGCAUCCUCGCGGCCUCGCCGCUGCUCCGGACAACGCCGACCGAGCUCCUCCCGCCGAGCUGCGUCGACGGCGGGCUGCGCGACGUGCAGUGCCGGGCGUCUGCGGUAGCGGUUGCCGCCGACGCCAUCGCCGAGUUGGCGGCAAGCGCGGGGCUCGCCGAGGACGCGGCCAGCAUUGCGGCUUGUCUAGCGCCACGAGUCGUUGCUGCGCACCCUCUCAUCGACCGUGAGUCGGAAAAUACGAGCCGCGACGAGCUGUAG